UCUAGCUCCCCAUGGCAAUAACUGGCUGUUAAAAAAUACUGUUUGAACUGAUUAUCGAAUGUAGUUCUGAAUGUUUGCAGCCCCGUCACCUUUGCACGCAAGAUGUGCAGUGUGAGAGCGCAGAAAGCCCCAUCAGUGGUCACCAAGGUGUUAAAGCCUUUGAGUAGUCAUUCGCGGGCACACUUUCCCUCUUGUCUCCUGUCUGAACACCUUGCUGACGAUAUAGCCAAUACAGCCCGGACACAAGAAACGUGGAGUUAGCCAUGUGCCGCAGGAGCCGGCUCCUAUUAAAACCGUUCCUGAGCCGAGAGUCCCUUCUGUGAUCAGAUAGCAGACCACCGGCGAAUCGAUUGCUCUUGGAACUUUUACGUGGAACGAGGAUUCUUCCUAUGAGCUGAGUCACUGGCAAAUUGCAUCAGGCAGGAACUGAAGCUUACAUAUUUUAUCGCUGUGUUUAAUAUUGGAGAACAAACAGACUGUGCACAAAAAGAAAACUCCUAACCACCAAAAUGGGGCUUCGGUGGCAUGCUUUAGUUUGCGUCAUAACAACUAUUUUGCUGGAACAAACCCAUGGUGGACUUAUUAAGAAAAUAAUUAGGCAGAAGAGAGACAUUCCACCACCAAAAGAAGAGAAUGCCUCAUUACCAUUUGGAACACAGCCCAUUAACUUCAACCACGUCUACAACAUCAACGUCCCCCUCGGCUCUCUUUGUUCAGUGGACCUGGAGUCCCCGGAUGGCAUUGCCAGGCCCAAAGCCGACUCCAGCGAACAACACAUAGAGCACACGGCUGAUGGCGAAAACCAGAUCGUCUUCACUCACCGGAUCAACAUCCCACGGCAGGCCUGUGGCUGUGCAGCAGGGCCGGAUAUCCGCGACCUGCUCAAUAGGCUGGAGGCAUUGGAAGGUCAUGUGUCGUCACUGCGGCAACAAUGUGUGAAUGGAGGUUGCUGUGAGAAUGGCGCACAGCAAGGAAAGGGCCGUGUCGAUGUAAAGCCUUUCUGUGGGGCACACGGGAACUACAGUACACACAGCUGUGGCUGUUUAUGUAACCCAGGCUGGAAGGGAGAGAACUGCAGUGAACCUGAGUGCCCAGAAAACUGCAAUGACAGAGGCACGUGCAUUGAUGGCAAGUGUGUGUGUGAUGCCGGCUUCACCGGGGACGACUGUGGCAUUGACGGUUCUUGCCCUAACGACUGCAGUGAUCAAGGACGAUGCAUAAACGGAGUGUGUUCCUGCUUUGAAGGUUAUGCUGGAGAAGACUGUAGCCAGGAGUUGUGCCUGAACAACUGCAGCGGUCAAGGAAUGUGCAUUGAUGGGAGGUGUGUUUGUGAUGAAGGUUUAACAGGAGAAGACUGCAAGGAUCUGGCCUGUCUCAAUAACUGCUAUAACCGCGGCCGCUGCGUGGACGGUGAGUGCAUCUGCGAUGAAGGCUUUGCUGAUGCAGACUGCUCAGAAAUUAUUUGCCCCAAAGACUGUUACGACCGCGGACGAUGCAUCGAAGGUGUAUGUUACUGUGAUGAGGGAUUUACGGGUGAAGAUUGUGGAGAAGUUGCCUGCCUGAACAACUGUAGCGACAGUGGCCUUUGUGUCAACGGUCAAUGUGUGUGCCUCGAGGGCUACACGGGAGAGGACUGCAGCCAGCUGGCCUGUCUGAACAACUGUAACGAUCACGGCAUCUGUGUUGACGGAGAGUGCAUCUGCCACGAAGGCUUCACCGGUGAAGACUGCGGGGAACUGGCUUGUCCAAACAGUUGCCACGACCGCGGCCGAUGUGUCAACGGCCGCUGCAUCUGUGACGAAGGUUUCGCCGGCGAAGACUGUGGGCAACUGUCCUGUCCAAAUGACUGUAGUGACCGUGGCAUCUGCUUCAAUGGUCAGUGUGUCUGUGAUCACGGCUUCACCGGUGAGGACUGUGGCGAACUGUCCUGUCCUAACAACUGCAACAACCGUGGCCGCUGUGUCAGUGGCCAGUGUAUCUGCGAGGAGGGCUAUAAAGGAGAAGACUGUACUGAGCUGACUUGUCCCAAUGACUGCUACGAUCGCGGGCGAUGUGUCAACGGCCGCUGCAUCUGUGACGAAGGUUUCGCCGGCGAAGACUGUGGGCAACUGUCCUGUCCAAAUGACUGUAGUGACCAUGGCCGUUGCAUCAAUGGGCAGUGUGUCUGUGAUCAGGACUUCACCGGUGAGGACUGUAGCGAACUGUCCUGUCCUAACAACUGCAACAAUCGCGGCCGUUGUGUCAAUGGGCAGUGUGUCUGCGAUUCUGAUUACAGAGGAAUAGACUGCGGAGAACUGGCGUGUCCCAAUAACUGCAAUGAAAGAGGUCGCUGUGUUGAUGGUCAAUGCAUCUGUAACGAAGGUUACACCAGUGAAGAUUGCUCUGCUGUUUCGCCCCCCAAAAACCUGAAGGUAACUGAUGUGACUUCCCAGACAGUGGAUGUGGAGUGGCAGAAUGAGGUUAGAGUCAACGAGUACCUCAUCACCUAUAUCCCCACAUCCCCUGGGGGUCUGCAGCUGGAACUCCGAGUGCCUGGUGACCAGCAGUCAUCCACCAUACGGGAAUUAGAGCCGGGAAUUGAAUACCUAAUCAACGUUUAUGCUAUCCUUAAUAAUGAGAGAAGCAUUCCCGUCAGCGCCAGGGUCGCAACAUAUCUACCCACACCAGAUGGAUUGAAGUUCAAGUCCAUUCGCGAGACCUCUGUCGAGGUGGAGUGGGACCCUAUAGAAAUUGGGUUUGAUGGCUGGGAGAUCCUUUUCAAGGCCCCUAAGGAAGAUAACGGUGAGAUUCUGAACAGUCUGAAGCGGUCAGAAGUCUCAUUUCUGCAAACUGGCCUGGCUCCAGGGCAGGAGUACGAAGUCAGCCUUCAUGUAGUGAAAAAUAAUACCCGUGGGCCAGCAGCUAAACGGAAACUGACCACAAUGAUUGAUGCACCAAGCCAAGUGGAAGUGAACAAGGUCACAGACUCCACUGCUCACAUCACCUGGCGCAACCCAGCGGCACACAUUGAGGGAAUCAGCCUGUUCUACGGGACCAUAGGCGGCGAGAAGGCAGAGGUCAACCUUCCUGACGUGGAGACAACCUAUUCCAUUGCCAAGCUUCAACCAGAUACUAAAUACGAAGUGUCACUGGUUUCCAAACGUGGGGAUAUGAGGAGUGUUCCAGCCACCAACACAUUCACAACAGACCUCGACCCUCCAAGGAACCUCCGAAACGUGUCUCAGACAGAGGACAGCAUCACCUUGCAGUGGAAGAAUAGCAGAGCGGGAGCCACAGAGUACAAAGUGAAGUAUUCUCCACUGGCAGGAGGAGAACAUAUGGAAACUACUGUCCAGAGAAGUACUCAACAAGCCACCACCAUUAAGAUUUCCGAUCUUCUGCCGGGUACAGAAUACGGCUUCGGAGUUAGUGCCAUUAAGAACAACAGAGAGAGUGCCCCUGCUACUAUCAAUGUGGCAACCGACAUAGAUAGUCCAAAAGACCUGAGAGUGACCAAGACGACAGAGACCACCAUUACUGUGGAAUGGAGACGGCCACUGGCAGUAAUCGACCACUACUACAUCAUCUAUAUCUCAUCGUCUGGCGAGAGGAAAGAAGAAAUGGUGCCUGCCAAUGCUGUGUCCUACAUCCUGUCUGGGCUCCAGCCGGCCGCUGAGUACACCAUUAUACUGAUCGCACAGAGGGGUAAACUGAAGAGCAGUGCCUCCACCACCAGCGCCUCCACCGGCCUUGAACCACUGCGAGGUCUUAAAUUUUCUGAGGUAACUCCCAGAAGUGCCUCGGUGACUUGGGAAGCUCCCUUAGCUCCUGUUGACAUGUUUGUUGUGAAUUAUAAUCCUAAAACGCACGGAGAAACGCAGCAGGUCAUUGUGAGGGGAGAUCAGAAUGCAGUCACGCUCGCUGAUCUGAAGCCCGGCACUGAGUAUGUGGUGACGCUCAUGGCUCUUCGAGGCUCGGCGAGAACGGAGCCCUUGGUGGGAUCUGUCACGACAGUGAUGUCAGAGGAGGCUCUCACUCCUUCUCCGUAUGGAAGCAGCACAGUCCCAGUCUCUGUGAUAUUUGAAGCCUCUGAGCCCGACUUUUCUGGGACUGAUGACGGUCAAAUCAGUAACCUAACCGUUUCUAAAGUGACCUCGGAUGGUAUCCACCUUUCCUGGAUGACAGAAACAGGAUCCUAUGACAAUUUUAUCAUAAAGUAUAGGAGUGCAUUUGGAGCCAGUGAUGUGACAGAGAUCUCCACUCCUGGUGAUGUGCUAACUUUCGAACUAAAAGGCCUAAUGCCUUCCACUCCUUAUAAAAUAACUCUUUACGGGAUUGCCGGUGGUCAACGCUCAGAGCCGCUGAAUAUUUUAGCCACCACAGACUCUGAACUUGACAACUUAACAGUGUCAGAUGUUACCUCUGGCAGCUUCAGACUCUCCUGGACAGCUGAUGGCCCUUAUGAUAACUUUGUUGUAGAAAUUAAAGACUCUGAUGGGUUGCUCCAACCUCAAGAAUACACGCUGCCAGGUGAUCAGCAUUCCCUGGAUAUCCCAGAUCUGUCUGCUGCUACUGACUAUGAGAUUUCUGUUCGUGCUACAAUCCAUGGUCAGCCAACAAAGCCACUUUACACUGAAGCUCACACAGAGGCCGAACCUGAAGUGGAUCACCUAAUUGUUUCUGAAGUUACCUCAAAUGGCUUCAAACUUUCUUGGACAACAGAUGACAAUCCCUUUGAUUACUUUAAUAUUAGAGUCAGGGAUUCCAAAAAUGAAUCUUAUUCUCUGGACCACAGAGUAUCAGGUGAUCUACGAAGCACUAACAUCCAAGGACUGCAAGAUGGUACUGAAUAUGAUAUUUCCUUAGUUGGUGUUACAGAUGGACGACGAUCACAGCCAAUAAAUAUCAUUGCAAUUACAGGGUUGAGAUCUCCUAAACAACUAGAGUUUUUAGACAUCACUGACACCACGGUGCUAGUCAGGUGGGACCUCCACAGCGCACACGUCGACAAUUUCAAGGUCAUUUAUGAGCCGACUGAUGGAGGUGAAAGCACCACUGUGACUGUUGAAGGCAGCAGGUCUCAAACUGUACUGCGCAACCUGACUCCGGCCACUCAGUAUAACAUCAGAGUCGUCUCUGUGAAGGGGUUUGAGGAGAGCGAACCAACUUCAGGCAGAGUGAAGACAGCCUUGGACAGUCCAUCUGACUUGAGAGUUCUGAAUGCAACAGAGUCUGGAGCCCUGCUGGCGUGGAAGCCCAGUAUUGUAGCAGUUGAUGAAUAUGUCAUCACCUACAAUGCUGAAGAUGGGUCAACAAUAACGAAGAAGGUUUCAGGAAAUUUCAUCCAGUCAGAGCUCAGCUAUCUGUUGCCGGGGACCCACUACAGGGUGUUGAUCUAUGCCGUGAAAGACUCUCUCAGAAGUUCUACCUCUGAAACCUCCUUCACCACCGCCAUUGAUUCACCCAGCGAUUUAAGAGUGAAUGACAUUACAAUGAAUGAUGCCCUCAUUUCAUGGAAGCCUCCCGGAGCUCAUAUCAGUGGCUACAUUCUGACGAUCGAAGACGAAGAUGGCAAAACACAGAAAGUGGAGUAUUUUGGAGCUACACAAAGGUCAUACAGCCUGAUUCAACUGGAGCCAUCGACAAGAUACAGUGUGAAGCUACAAGCCUACAAAAGCUCAGAAAGGAGCAGCAUCAUAGAGACGAGCUUCACAACCGUUGGCUUACUGUACCCAUUCCCCAAGGAUUGUUCUCAGACCUUGCUGAACGAAGAGACCAGCUCAGGGCUCCAGACCAUUUUCAUGAACGGCAACCGCUCUCAGCCGCUUCAGGUGUUCUGCGACAUGACCACAGAUGGAGGCGGCUGGAUGGUGUUUCAGAGGCGUGAGAAUGGUGAGGUGGAUUUCUUCAGGAAGUGGAAGGAAUAUGCUGCUGGAUUUGGUAAUCCUUCAGGCGAGUUCUGGUUGGGCCUUGAGAACCUUCACAAGAUUACAUCAGAAGGAAAUUAUGAGCUCCGGGUAGAUCUCCGGGAUCAAGGGGACACUGCUUAUGCAAUCUAUGACAAAUUCUCUAUAUCAGACGCUAGAAGUCGAUACAAAUUGCAUAUUGGAGAAUACAGAGGAACAGCAGGUGACUCUCUGACCUACCAUCAAGGUCGGCCAUUCUCUACGAGGGACAGAGACAAUGAUGUAGCAGUGACCAACUGUGCUCUGUCAUACAAAGGAGCCUGGUGGUACAAGAACUGCCACAGGGUAAACCUGAAUGGGAAAUAUGGAGCUACAAGCCACAGCCAGGGCAUCAACUGGUUCCACUGGAAGGGACACGAGCACUCGAUUGAAUUUGUUGAAAUGAAACUGAGACCACAUACCUUCAGAGGCCUUCAGAGAAAGAAGAGAGCACAGCAACAACACUAAAUAACCAAACUAGCCGAAAACAUUAAAGGUUCAUAGUGUACAGAAACACCAGUAAUUUAGCUCGCAUUCGAGUUAAUGGGCUGUAUGAGCCUCGCUAGAAAAGCUCUCUCACCUUACAUGGGUUUAGCUCCUCUCAGUUUAAACACCAAAGAUAAUUUUGACAAUAAUUAACAUAGGUUGCUAUUGCUUUUAGGGUCAUAGCUUUAUAUAUAUUGCUCAGAGGGCAGGGGUGGCCUUGUAUGUACAUCAUUACACCUGCACAGUCAUCAGAGUGUAUUGUCUAUAUUCCGUUCAUCAUGUUGGGGAUGUGUUGCCAUGGCAGUGAACGGACCAGUUGUCCUUAAAGGUUUAAUGUACAGAAGCUUCGUGUUUAACUAUCAGAUGUAUAAGCUGAAUGUCUCGAUGUGAAUGUGGAAGUUUUACUUUGGGAACAUGGAGCUUGACGUUUGUGACCUUUUACAGAAAGGGAGGUGUAAUUUGAGAAAGCAUUUAUUGUUUUUUUUGCCAUUGAUUAGCAAUUUCAGGGUGUUGUAUUUUAAAAAUCAACCACAUGUUGGUUCUGUUUAGAAUAGAACACAGUCAUGUAAAUACAAAGGAAAGCUAGGAGCCCUUCCUCUUAUAAAUUGUCCUUUUUGAAUAGAAACAAAUCUCAGCAAAUUGCCUGUGAAUCACACAAAGAAUUAAACACAACUUUUGUAAGUUAUCUCCUCAAAGAUUACAUUUGGAUUGUUUAAUUAAUCAUCUUCCAUUUAUUUAAAUACCAUGGCUACUGUGCUGAAAGGAAAAGAGAAAAUAGUGACAUACUUUUCAGGAAUUCUAUUUUCAAAACAAAUGUAAAAUGUGAUAUUUUUACUCUUUCAAGAAUUCACAACCAAAACAAUGCAUUUCCUUUUCUCCUGAUUAAAGGCAGUCCUAACUGUGGAAAGACAUGAUCACUAAACCCAAGUUACACAUUACAUGACCAUGGUAUACAUUUGUAAAAUAACAAUUGUUUUUCACAGGGAUAAUUGCAAUGUCUGUUUUUGUGUACCCCUAAUUAAAAUAAAGUAAUGGUGUUUUAAUGAA